CGUAAAAUACUUAAGGAAAUCGCCUUUAAUACCACCGUGAACAUGACGCCACCAUUGCAAAGACCAGCACCCGAUUUCUCCGGAACUGCUGUCAUCAACGGGGAACUACGAGAGAUAUCUCUUGGGGACUUCCGGGGACGCUAUUUGGUGCUCCUCUUCUAUCCAUUGGACUUUACUUUCGUAUGUCCCACAGAGAUAAUUGCAUUUUCUGAUCGCCUGGGAGAAUUCACUGAUGUGGGCUGUGAGGUCGUGGCUGUUUCAACGGAUUCUCACUUCUCUCAUUUGGCGUGGACUCAAGUGCCGCGCCGUGAGGGUGGCCUUGGAAAGGUAGAUCUGCCCCUGCUGGCAGACAAAUCCAUGAGAAUUUCAAAGAAUUAUGGAGUACUCGAUGCUGAUACUGGGAUUGCCUUCCGGGGAUUGUUCAUCAUUGAUGGUCAUCAACGUCUUCGCCAGAUCACCGUGAACGAUCUACCUGUGGGGCGCUCUGUAGAUGAGACUCUGCGCUUGGUGAAGGCAUUCCAGUACACAGAUGUUCACGGAGAAGUCUGUCCAGCAAAUUGGCAACCUGGCAACAAGACCAUCAAUCCCGACACUGUAAAGUCCAAAAAGUUCUUCGAGGCUUCCUUCAAUUGAACAACUCCAUCUCCCAUCCGAAUCCCAAUGAGAGAACCACCCAAAGAAAUCAACAGAUAAAACCACCAAAACCGAUGAGUAUUAAUUUGUUAACAGCUCUCUUGCCGAAGUUACUGAAAUAAAAUACCAUGAAUCUCUUUAAAA